CAGCCUUAUGAACGCCGGCUUCUGGCCAUUAUGGGCAGAGAGGUGUGUGAAGGUUUAGAAGGCUCACAUGACACAGACUGGAGAACACCACCGCGGACAGUGCCACAACCCACGGACAGUGACCAGGACCAGGACCUUGAUCCUCAGCAGCCCCAGGAGGAGGGUGAGGCUGCAGAGAGCCCUAGAGCCCCACAAGCUCAAGAACAUCGAGCUCCCCGGCGUGCCCAGUCGCCAGCCGUGCUACCUGUGGUGCCCCCCAGACGUGAUGCUGCUGAAGCAGGUGCUGCAGCUCCUGCUGCUGCUGCACCAAUUGGGGGACCACCACAGGAGCAACCACAGCGACUGGCUGAGAGACGUGGGCAGUAUGUGGGGCUUAUGCAACUUCUCAUCCAACAGCAACGCCGCAACAGUCUCUGGAUGCGAAGAUGGUUUGCUCACAUCCAUGCCGGCUUCCGUGAUGGGAUGCAGAGCAUGGAGCAAACCUUCCAGAGCAUGGAGCAAACCCUCCAAAGAAGCAUCCAGGACCUGGUGGCGGCUAUUCGGGAAGUGGCUCAACAACCACGGGGUUCUGCUGAGGGUCCAGUCCCUGGUCCUGCUGCUGCUCCCCCUCCACCCCCUGCAUCUCCUCAGCAGCGCAGAGGAAGGGGGCGUGGAAGGGGACAAGGUCCUGUCCGAGGGGAUAAGCGCAAACGUCCCUAACUCCAGUCUGUGUCACUUCUCAAACUGA